AUGAUUGAUAAGGAGCUUGAAGUUGCAGAUGAUUUGGGUGAUAGCCAAAUUUCUGAGAAGUUUUCAAUAGCCAUUGACUCAUCCAUUUUGCAAAACCAGAAUGGAAGAAGCCAAGGAGCACAAGAGCUGCAGAAGAGAUUGAAAAAUUUGAGAUCAAUCAAGCUCUCAAAAUCACCAAGCCUGAAGUCAUCUAGAAGAAGGGCCAGGCAGAGAUCCAAUAAUCACCAUGUAUGCAGUGAUGCAGCAAGCUCAGCAGCACAAUCAAUUUCAUCUGAUAUGUCAACCUGUUUUGAUACAAGUACAGAGAAUCUACAGGCAAAAUUCAACAAGAACAAUAACAAGGCGGUCUAG